CUCGACCUUCGUGCUUCCUAUCGACAACGACUCUCCUCUCCGGCACUUGACGCUGGAGACGCCAUCGGACUACAGUCUCAUACACUCACGAUUAACAACCAUGUACGUUCUUUCCACUUUUCCCUUCUCUAGCACUUACUGACUGAGCCUCUUCUAUCAGGAAGCCACUCAGAACCGUCAACAUCCCACCCAUCGCUACUUCUGUCAUGGAUGCUACCACGCAAUCUCCUCAUCGUUCCACCUCGUCAGGUCUUCUCUCCCUCCCCGACAAAUUCCUCGCCAUGAUCUUCGCCCACACGGACCUCGCCGUCCAUGACAUCGCCGCUCUCCUACUCGGUUUUCGAAGAUUACACGCCAUUGCUGCCAAAGUGUUCGUGGAACACUACCCUCAGAAGCCGCUCAAGAUGGUCACAAAGGAGAGUCUGGAAGCAGUCAUGGUCAUCUCGGCUCCUCCCAGCGACCUAUUCAUCCUGUCCAUGCCCAAUGAAGUCCUUGCCAUGGUCUUUGCCGACAAGACUCUCUCAGCAAACAACUUGGCUGCUGUCCGGGUCAGCUGUAAAGAGCUUCAUGCAAUUGCUACGAAAGAGUUUGCGAAACGCUACUUCCAAGAUCCUUUCGUCAUGGUCACCAAGGAGAGCCUGGAGGCCCUGGUGGAUAUCUGUCGUCAUCCUGUCUUCGGACCCCAGGGGAAGAAAGUACAACUGCUCAACGCUCGCGUCAACAAGUGCUUGCUCUCUGACAGAGCCAAAGACUUGACGCACGGUCUAAAUGCGGGAGACGGCAAGAAGAUGAAGACCGCUAAGGGCGAGUUGCAAUGGCUCAUGGAUAUCAUCGUUGAAGAACAGACUUUACGGCUUCUGGACUGCUACACGAAAUCCUGACAGAUAUCUUUGACGCUCUCAAAGUAUUUGACAAGCCUAUCGCCAUUGCCUCGCAGCGCACUACGACUUCUCACUCACCUAUUGGUCUCAGAAAGAUGUUCAAAGGAAAGAACUUACAAUCCCAUCUGAGAGCCUCGACGCCUGAUCUUAUCCCAACUCUGGGAUUCAUGAUGGCAGCUGCCU